UCACAGAAAUUAGGUGUUUUAUGAUAUGAAUUUAAUUCUAAAAUUAGAAAUAUAAUUACAGUUGACAAUUGCCUAUAUUAUCAGGCAGAAUGUUGAACAGUUAAAGUUACCUCAGAACUUCAGUAAAUAAACAUUCAAAACAUAUAAAAACAAAUAAAGCUGUCAAUUUGUUAAGUCCAGUUGGGACUCAGAAGCACAGUAAAAGAGGUGGUUAGACCUCUAGUAGAGAGUAAAUUCUAGAUUGUAGAUCUGUUGGAUCUCUUAAGACAUGUGUUAACUUGUCAUGUCCUUCUGUCAUUUUUGGGCUUGGUAGUAAUUGGCAUUCUUUUACAACAUCAACGCCUUUUUUUGGCCAAGAACUGGUCUAACUAAGAAAUAUGUAACACUUUUUUAGCACUCGACAUCAAAGUGAAACAUUCAAAAGGCCACUUGAUCAAAGACUUGAAAGAAUGCAUUUUCUGCAUAAUUACCAACAUUAGAGGCUAAUUAGCAAUCUCACAUCUUUCCAACACAAUAAGCACUGAUGUCCGUUACUAGUCUGUCCAAUAGUUAUGGCAAGUCAAGUAUGUUUAAUUGAUAUGGUGCAUUCUAAAAUGAAACAUUUUCCAUCUUUUUAUCCACAAUACAUAGCAGGUCAUGAUGAUCCAGAGAGUGAGGAUGAGCUGUAUGAGGUCGUGGAUCUGACAGAAUAUGCCCGAAGACACCAAUGGUGGAGUAGGGUGUUUGGGAGCAAUUCAGGUCCACUUGCUGAAAAGUAUUCUGUGACCACACAGUUGGUAAUGGGUGGAGUGACUGGAUGGUGUGCUGGUUACCUUUUCCAAAGAAUUGGGAAGAUUGCUGCUACUGCUGUUGGUGGGGGGUUUCUUCUUUUGCAGAUUGCCAAUCACAGUGGCUAUGUACAGGUGAACUGGAAAAAGGUGGAGAAAGAUGUAAAUAAAGCAAAGAAGCACCUCAAGAAAAAAGCCAACAAAGCAGUUCCUGAAAUAAACACAUUAAUUGAGGAGGUAAAGGCGACAGACUUUGUAAAGAGGAACAUUGUCCUCUCCAGUGGAUUUGUUGGUGGUUUCUUCCUGGGUUUGGCCUCAUGAAGCUGCUGCAGACACAGCAGUCUGCGUUUACUGUGAAGAUGUCAUGUCUGUCCUCAUUCGUUUACCUCCUGAGACCCUCUGCGCACAUUUCAGGGGGUUGAUGUAGAUCUCUCUAAGCAUGCUACAUUGUAGUUGUAUUAAAUGUAAUACAUAUUGCAGAGGGUUGUACUGUAAGGAGUGUUAUGAUAGGGGUCCUAUCAUAACACUGUCAGACUGCUGAAUAAAUUGCUGCAUAUGUUGUCAUAUGCUUAAAUGAUACAGAUGACCACGUUCUAAAGCUGUAAAUACACACUUAGCAAAAAAGUUAUAUAGCAAGUCUGUCUUGGAGUAUUUUUAAAGAUACAAAUACGGGCCAACACAGUGAUGUUUUUAAGCCAAUGAUUUUUGGUGAGGAUAUUCCUUCCAUCAUAAUAAAAAUAUAGUUCACAAUUUAAAGGUAAAUCGGGCAAAUGAGAGUGUGAUCUAUAGCUCUACUGUGAGGUUCACACCAACAUCCAAAGCGAGUGCCAACAAACGCUAGUUCACUGAAGCAGAAACUGACUUUUGUUUUGCUGUGUGAAUCACCACAAGCCGGUGCUGCAGUAACAACAGCGUUGCUUCUGAUUUUUUCUAGCCUCAUCAUGUGAAACAUAAAUAUAGGAGAAUACUAAAGUUGACCAAACAGUUUGUAUUUUUGUUUGUGGCACAUAAAGUUGUUUCUUUUUUCACUAACAUGUUUUGUUUGUCCCAUUGUUUUUACUUUUGUAUUGUGAUUUUAUGUGGGGUGUUUGAAUUAUGUAGAGUGUAUUUUCAAAUAAAGUUGGCUGAUAUUGUUUUCAA